GUUGUCUCGAGCCUCGUUUAGUCGGUACUAGUAGCGUGAAGGAAGUUCGCUCACGUUCGAAAGACAAAUCACAGAACGCAGAUUUGAGUCUGACAUAAUGUGUGACGCGACAGUAGCUACAGAUUCUUGAGAUUCCAAGAAUCCAAUCAUCGAAGCGUUUUCUGCGACUAUCGUCAACGAUUAUUCAAAUCUCGCACGAAACGGACUUUUAUUACGUUGCGAUUCGUUCUCCAGUGACAGACAAUAAAAAAAAAUUGACCGCUUCCGAUCGUACGUAGAAUCCGGGAGUGGAAAAAUGUGCCAAAGUAUCUGGAUAACGAUGAACCGAACGAGCGCCUUUUAAUUUUGGAAUAUCGAUAAUCAAAUCGAUCCAUUCGGAGGACAAAUAUGACGAGAAUAAAUUGCAAGAGGCUCCUCAGAAGACGAAUACCAAUAACGAGAUGGCUACCGUCUUACAGUGGAGCUGACGCACUCGGUGAUCUCAUUGCUGGUUUAACGGUUGGCCUCACAUUAAUUCCACAGGCUAUCGCUUAUGCAAGUUUGGCUGGCCUGAGCGCUCAAUACGGUCUCUACAGUUCUUUCGCAGGAAGUCUAGUCUACAUAUUAUUCGGAACAUGCCGGGAGGUCAACAUAGGACCAACUGCCGUUAUAUCGCUACUUACUUAUACGUAUACCAGAGGAAUACCCGAGUACGCAGCACUGUUGUGUUUUCUAUCGGGGUGCGUAACGAUAGCACUGGGAGUUCUGAGACUCGGGUUUCUCGUGGAAUUCAUAUCGAGGCCCGUAGUAUCUGGUUUCACGUCAGCAGUCAGUAUUAUCGUGGCCUGCAGUCAAAUAAAAGGAUUGCUUGGUAUUAAAAUCAAUGCCGAGAGAUUUAUCGAAAUUUGGAAGGAACUUUACGUGCACGUUAACGAAUCGCGAAUGCCGGAUUUGAUACUUUCAUGCUGCUGUAUCAUAAUUCUUCUCAUUUUGAAGAGUCUCAAAGAUUUGAAAACAUCGAGCCGAAUGAUGAGUAAAUUAUUCUGGCUGUUGGGAAUCGGCAGAAACGCAAUUGUCGUCAUUAUAAGCGCCGGAAUAUCGUAUUACUACGAAAUACAUUGCCAACCAGAAGGCGCACCAUUUUUACUCACCGGACACGUGGAAAAAGGUUUUCCGAGUGUGGAAUCACCGCCGUUCUCCUUCGUCCGCGGAAACGACACCGUCAGCUUCCCCGAAAUGAUUUCACACAUAGGAAGUGGAAUAAUCGUUGUGCCUAUUAUUUCCCUCAUUGCGAACGUCGCCAUUGCCAAAGCUUUCUCACGUGGACAGACCAUGGACGCAACACAAGAAAUGCUAACUUUGGGUCUCUGCAACGUUGUUGGAUCGUUCUUCCGCUCGAUGCCAGUUUCAGGAUCUUUUUCCAGAAGCGCCGUCAGCAAUGCAUCGGGUGUCAGAACGCCUAUGGGCGGGCUUUACACAGGUCUUCUGGUCAUGUUGGCGCUGACCUUCCUCACUCCUUAUUUCUAUUACAUUCCACGAGCAACAUUGAGCUCGGUUAUAAUAUGCGCUGUUGUAUUUAUGGUCGAAUUCAGUAUUCUUCAGCCCCUAUGGAGAAGUUCUAAACGAGAUCUUCUACCUGCUCUGGUGACUUUCCUCGCCUGCCUUUUCGCUUCUGUCGAGUUGGGUAUUCUCAUCGGAGUGGCCGUGGACAUUGGAAUUCUGGCGUAUUUCAGUGCCCGACCAAAAAUCCAUAUCGAAGACCGAUACACAGCUGCAGCAUGUUACGUUUUGGUCAGACCAAGUGGUGGUCUGCAAUUUCCGGCAGUGAGUUACCUUAAAACCCGAGUGACGAAAAGCUUGUUCGACAAGCCUCGAAACAAUCUAAAAAACUUAGUCGAUCCACCAAAAAUAGUGUUGGACUGUAAACACAUUGAUAAGAUUGACUUUACAGCAUUGCAAGGUCUCAGCGAAGUUAUCGACGAUUUGACCAAGGAAAAUGGCUAUCUCAUUCUUUUCAAUCCGACCAAUCAACUCUCACAGAACUUGCAAAAGCUCGUGAAAGAUCCGAUAUUGACAGCACACUCGGAUUUGGAAUUAUUGACAAUACUGAGACAAAUUGGAACGACUCCCAAGCUCAAUGCAGUAACGGAAGGCAUCGAUUCGAGGAAUAUCGACAGGACUAAACAGCCAAACAUUUCCAGCACUGAUCUCUGAACAGUGAUAAAUUCAGAAUGCCUCGUGAUAUUUUUCCCUAAAAGACAAUUAUUUUGACGAUUUAAAAGAUUGUUCAUGUGUUAGAAAAAAAGAUGAAUAAUAUUUUGUACUGAAAUUAA